AUGCUCCCAUUGUUGCUGCUGUCCUGUCUGGCGCUGCUAGAGCGGCCAGUGACGGCAGGUUAUCUGGCUAUCCCACUGCAAUCCCCGGCCGGAGUGACGUACGUGAACAGCCAACAGCAUGUCGGUUUGUUGGCCGGUCCUGUUCGAUUCACUCAACCAGCAGCAGCAGCAGCAACAAUUGUCGAUGCACGAUCGGCAGCCGUCGCGGUCACACCGGCACCGGCACCAACGUACUACUCCUACAACUUACCACAACAGCCAUCGAUCUUUGGUAAGGCCAGCUACACACCAUCGUCGGUCCAGUACCACACGUACAGCAGCAAUCCGACGGUCCGCGUGUACGAACCCAAAUCCUUUGUUUACGGCGUGCAGACUGCGAGUAGCGUUCCGGCACCGACGACACAUACCGUCCACCAGCACCAGGUUCCGGUGACGGUGACAACGCAGUAUCAUCAUCAGCAACCGCAAACACAAACGAUCCAAGUACACCAUGAAGCUCCAGUUGCUCGAGUUCCCGUUCCCGUUCCGACGCCCGUCCCCGUGCAUGUUCCUGUGCAUGUUCCCGUGCACGUUCCGGUAGCGGUUCCAGUUGCACCGACGACCUACACCAAAACCGUCACCACUGGGCCAACGUAUGUCACUUCACCACCACCACCACCACCAGCCCCUCCAGUAGUGACCGUGGUGAAGCAAGUGCCAUUCGUACGCUCGCGCAAGUACAAAGUGCGCCGUCCGGCCAUCCAGAACCAGUUCUACGAUAUUGAGGAGCGUGUCAUCAUACGGCCCGUCGGUACCGCACUCGUUGAGCUGGAGCAACCAAUCUCCCAGACGGAAACGCGCACCAAAACAACCACGAAAACCACCGUCACUGAGAAGCGGCCAGUUUAUAGUCCGCCACCACCACCACCACCACCACCACCACCAGCGCCACUUCCUGAGGUCCACUCGGUAGCUGAAGAAGAGGAACAGGAGGAAACGAUCUACAAGACGCGCGUUGGAGGACCGCAGGUUGUGACAAAGACAACGACGGUGUACACCGAGCGUCCACCGAGUGUGUUCCAGAAGUCCGGUUACGAUCGACUGGAAGCGACCAAGACGCAAAGCGAACGGACGGACGAGGUAUCAGCGGCCAGCACAAGUAAAGCCUCGGAUGCGGAGUUUAUCGAUGCGUCACUGGCUGGCGCUGGACAAGCGGAGGUGCAACCUGAGCGCCCGGUCUUUACCCAAGGACAUGCCAUCUACCAUCACCAGCAGGGACACCAGACGGCUUACUUGAAUCCGUUCUCACCACAUCUGGCACCACAUCCGUACCUUUACCAUCCGGCCAAUGCUGGCCAUCUGCUUCACCACGUGGCGUACGUUGAUCAGCACUCGCCGGCCCUCUAUGCGACGCAUCCUGGUGCCACAGCAGCAGCGGGACAUCCGGCCGUGUUCCAUGUACAAUCGACGACACCGUUGUAUCCGGUAGCGGCCGAAAUACCAGCCGUCACUCCAGCUCACGAUUGCGAUCGAGCGAAUGAUCCACCGAAGACUUCGUCUGAGUAUCUGCCACCGAGUAGUAGCGUGACACCGGUGAGUCCAACGACACCAUCGUUACCACCGGUUGGUACGACCACUCCUUACCCGCCAACUUCGACCCCGGGAAGUUUUGCCGAUGCGGAAGAGGAGUACGAUGAUUCGAUCGUUGUGAACGCACGUAGCGGCGACACCGAUGGUUACUCUUCGACGGAAGCGGACUACGAUAGUACGACUGUGGCAUCGGUUCCAACGGCAACUCCCAGUUACCAUCACGAUAAGUAUCGCGGUGAAUCCACCAACCGGCAGAGUGAGAGCCGCAGUGAGGGACAGACCCAAAGGCAGGGAUCGUUUGAGAUCACGUACGCCACUCGUACCACUCCGGCGAGCGAUCUCGUAGCGUUCGAUCCUUCGACUGCCUCGGCCGGAUUCGAUCUUGGGCCUUCCCAUUCGAUCCCGCGUGGAUUUUCGUUCCCUUCGACAACGCCACGUUCGACCACGGCCUCCUCCGGUCAGUUGGGCUCCUCCGGGAGUUCGAGUAGCACCGCAGCAUCACAGGCCACCAGCUCCAGUUCAACGGCGGCCUCACAACGUUCCAUUACGAUCAUCUCCUCCACGACACCGCGUACUGUUGUGUCGUCCCGUUUCAGUGAUGAUUCCGCGUCCUCCUCUUUGGCGACAUCCAGCCAGCUAAGUCAAUCCAGCUCGAGCUCGCAAUCGGUUGUGGUCGGUGAAGGAUUGACACGGGAACAGAUUCACGCCAACCAGGAACAGUUCAUCAAGUUGCUUUCCGAGCGUGACUCGAUCACGCAGGUUGGCUACGAUGGGGCGAAACCCGAAACGACCGGAUCGCUACUCGAUACGUUCGUACGUAGCCGUGUGCUGGCCGCUACUCCGGCACCACGCGAUGCCAAGGAGACAUCCCGUACCGUCAACAUUCGGCGCAUUAUCGUUUCGCGCCCGGUCGAAACGGAACAGGAGGUUGAGGUUCGGGAGCAGGCGUACCAUACGACGCUAGCACCGCCGCACACCGUGGAUUCCUACGAGCACAAGCGGGAUGUCAGUGAGGUUGCCGGGAAUGACCGCGGUCUAGUGCCACGGGUGCCCGUGUACGUCAACGCCAAACCGCCAGCCUUUGCCAACGAUGCUGAGUAG